AGCAAAUUCAUCAGUACCAAAGAACAUAAUAUCCCAUGGUGGUGACGACUUAUAGGUGGCUGCACAUUUUGCUUUGUGUGUACAGGGAGUGGUUAACUUCCUCCUAGUGUACAAGGGCUCCCGCAUUUUUCUUAACUGAAUUCACUGGCUUUGAGACUGAAGGAUCAGUUGGUGGUGACGCUGGGGAAGCAGCGUAGUGUGAGAGUGUGGGGGCAGUGGUAGGGGGCCACUAGCACCACUCCCCUGCCUUGGAUGACAGCAAACAUUCUCAUUAAGCUGUUCAAUGAGUGUCUAAAGUAAUUGGAAGAUGCUGUGGUGCUGGCACCUCCAUCUGGGAGCAACCCUGUAUUGGUUGGUCAGUGGUCUAGUUAGUGCAAGAGUAUGCAUGGAAGCUAGACCUGUGUCCAACCCUUCCUCUGAGAGAAGAGGUAUGGCUGGAAUCUAUGGCAGUAUUCAUCACUUCCUCUUGGAUCCUGCACCAGUUUCCUUCCCUCACUGAAGGGAACCUACAAGAUACAGUAAUGAGUACUGUACUGUCACUAAGUAAUACAAGCUCCCAGCCGAGAAGCAGUAUUCGACAUGAGUGAUUCUGAUAGUGAUAUUGACUCCUAUGGCCCCCCUUUACCACCUGGUAUGGGAUCUGGAUCACAUAAAAAGAACAAAGUUGCAACAAAAACUCCAUCUGAUGACACUGAAGAUUUAGAUGAAGAUGACUAUAUGCCAGAUUUACCACCACACUUAGUAGGCAAGAAAAGAACAAACAAUGACUCCCAAAGUGCCAAUCUCUCUGACACAAGUGUAAGUCAAAACCUUCAAAGACAAAAUUUAAAGAGAACUGGUGAGGUACAUACUGAACAUCCCCAAAGUAAAGCAGCUAAACCAAACCAGGAACGAACACCAGAUAUUGGGUCUGAUGAUGAUGAUGAUAUGUAUGUGCCAGCUCUACCUCCACAUUUGUUGAACAAAAAGCAAGAGAAAGCUACAAGUUGUGACAAUAGACGUAUCCUUGGACCAACAGUUCCAAAAUAUUUUACUCUACCUGUGGAAUCAUCUAAUGUGAGCACUGAUGGGGAGGAAAACAGUGAAAGUGAAGACAGUGAUGGGCCAGUAAUUGGGCCUCUACCAUCCACACAGAAAUUCAGUGAGGAAGAAUACAGAAUCAGACAACUAGAGCUUAGGGCAAAGAGAAUGAAGGACAAGCUAGAAGGGAAAGAUGCACAGGACAACAAGCCACUGGUACGUGAAUCAUGGAUGCUAGAAUUACCAGAAGACAAACCCAACUUCUGUGGUCUAGCUCCUCGUCAAUUUUUGCGUAAGACUCCACAAGUAAAAGGAGAUCGCUCAGGAUGGACUGAUACUCCCGCUGAUAAAGCAAGAAAAAUGGAGAUGGGUAAAGAAGAGGAACAGCAGGAAUUAACUCCUGAACUAAUUGCAAGCAAACAACGUGACAAAGAGCUUUCUGAAAAAGUGGAUAAACAUAACCAGUCUAAAAGAGCCAAACCUCUCAUUGACAUGCACAAGAAGAAACUAAAGGAGACAAAAAAGAAGUCUGGACCAGAAGAGAGACGUCCUUUCAGCCGCGAGGAAGACAUGAAUGUGAAUAAAUUUGAUGAUGCACAGAAAAAUACUAUCAUAAAGAAGGCACGGCAGCUUAAUGACAGAUUUUCUGCUGGAGGUAGAAAGUUUUUGUAAUUUUAUAACAAUUAUUUACUUACCUUAGAAGUGAUAAAUACUUUAGAUUUAAUAGAUUUAUAACCUUUCUGUAGGUGGCUAGGAUAAUGCACUCACUAAGCUGUUGGUUUAAAGCCAUGAGACUUACCGGCUAACAUUAGUGGCUGGGACAAAUCUUAGAAGUGAUCUGUUCGUCCAAUUUCCCCUGUAAGGAAAUGUAGAAGUAAAGGUUUGCCUUUAGUAAACUAGAGGGAUGUGCUCCAGUUAGUGCACCCUGUCAUACAUUACAAUUUGGCUUCAGUGGUAAACCCCUUUUAUUCCUGGCCAUUCCAACACACCAAGCAAGUGGUUCCAUUGCUGGGUGGCUCUAUUUUUGCAGGUUAAUGCUGUCUGUCUCUUAUUACUAAGCCCAAUUUAUUUUUUUCUUCUUCAUUUAAUAAGCUCUUUUGAGAGAAUAUUAGGUUCUUUUGGGUGUAUUGGGAUCUGUUAACAAGUUGAUAUCAUAUUGUAUUGUUCACUGUGAAUUAAUAGGUUAUUUGACCACUUGGGCUCUUUCCCAGAUAAGGAUUAAGACAUGUGCUUCCACUAGAAUUGGACUCUUACACAAAGGGUAGUUCCAACACCAUGAUACCAGGUCUUGUACUCUGGAGGGAACUCUCAGGUUGAAUUAAUAUUUUCUCACAUUGAAGUCAAAAUAAAUUGCUUUUAAUGCUUGAACAUGAACUCUCAUCUGAAUGAUUAAGAGGUGAUUAAUACUGUGCUUGUGUUCAAUGCAUAUGGAUAGUUUGGAAUUUUAACCUUAAUGCCUUGGGAAAUAAUAAUGUCAUGCAUGGGAAACUUAAAAAUCAGAGUCUUGCAUUUUAGCUGCAAGCCAGAGUUGGGGGUGAUAUGUCCAGGGGUCAGUGUGUUUCUGUUUAUGAGAUUUGCCUAAUUUAAGGACUGUUUGUGUCUGUUUUUGGAGCUUGGGAUGUGCUUAUCUGGAUAUAUUUAUCUUAUUUACUAAACUUAUCUUGGAAGGAGGUUUCCCUGGCUGGGGGUCAUGAGAUGUACAGUAGUGCUCUCCAUACUGUCUAGAAUAAAACUGAGGUUUGCUUGAGAAUUUCUUUGUGCUCGGGGAGAACAUGCCAAAGGUAGCAUUGCCACUCAACUUUUUUAAGUAUUGUACCAAAUUCGAUCACUAAAAGGUACCAAUUCAGUACAAAAGGUACCAGACUUAAAAACAAAGUGUAACACUCAAUUUCAUUAAAGCUGCACAUCUUUCAUGCCCUUUGCUUCUUCGGGCACAGACAUCUUAUUGUAAUGUACAGUCUCUCCUCGACUUAUGACGGUCAUUGUCGUUAUAUUAUACAGUAUUAAAAUAUUUUACAUUAUUUUCUGGUCUAGGCAUUUGGUUGUAAUGUCUAACGAUGCCUUACGACAACUUCGGCUGGCACGCUGCCACGUGUGUACAGCAUCCACGUCAUACCCCGUCGGAACAGAACCCCGUCGUAAGUGGAGGAGAAACUGUACAGUAUAUUGACUUUUUCCACGAGUUUCAUAGGGGUUUGCCAGGACUUACUAUUAACAUCUUGAAGCACAUUUUUGUUGUGUAGUAUUCUAUUGAGUGUGUCUGAGGUAAGACAAAAUCUGUUUUUUGUUUUGAUGGUAGUCACCAUUGAGAAUGUUAUCUCUGCAACAGCAGAAGGAUGAGGCAAUGAUAAUAAAUUCAACUUGAGUCUUGAUAAAUUGGGAAAUCUUGGUUGAUCACCACAUCUUUUGGCACAGUUGAUUGAUUGAUUAAUUGGGGAAAAUAUCCCAUUAAGUUUAAAUAUAAAAAUUAAAAUAAAUAAAUUACCGGUGCUCAUUUAAAAAUCACAAGCAGUAAAGUAUCUCUAUUGUAAUAAAAAAAAAUUAAAAGUC